CCAGUGAGCCACAACAACAGAGACGUUUACAGUGGUGUCCAGCUAAUUUCUUGCCUAGCUAGUGUUUUUCAGCAACUUUUCUGUCGUUGGUUGUGAAAAGGUAUUUUCAAAAUGAAGCUGCAGUGUUUAGUCGUUGCUCUGUGUCUCGGUGUGGGUGUAAUGGCUGGGAAAUACUCUCGGGAAGUGAACGAGCCGAAGCCGAGCGGCAGUGAUGGACAGACGGUGGAGUUCAGGAUAGCGAAGCUGAACCAGGUGUGGGAGAAGGCUAAAAGGAUGCAGUUGUCCCCAGUGCGGCAGGCUGAGCUGCACAGUGACCUGAAGAUCCAAGAAAAAGAUGAGAUGCAGUGGAAAAAGAUGAAGGUGGAGGAGCUGGAUGAAAAUGGGGAGAAAGAGGCCCAGCUCCGACGUAACUUCAAUGUGAUCCUGGCCAAGUAUGGGAUGGAUGGGAAAAGGGACACACGACCACUGGAGAGCAACUACCUGAAGGAACACGACACCAAAGAGGGAGACAUAUUUGAUGAUCCUAGGCUGGACAAACUCUGGAAUAAGGCGAAGAGCUCAGGGAAGUUCUCCAACGAUGAGUUGCUGAGCCUUAACAGGGAGUUCCAGCAUCACAAAGACAAGAUCCACGAGUACAAUAUCCUCAUGGAUACUGUCAGCAGGACUGAGGAAAUCCACAAGAAUGUGAUCUCUCCCCUGGAGGGCGAUGCCAAAGAGCAUGUACUGCACCACAAGCACACGGAGCUGAAGCAGAAAAUGAGAGACCUCAACCAUGGCUUUGAGCGCCUCCGUAAGCUCAGCCACGAAGGCUUCACUGAGGACAGUGAGUUUCGGGAGCCUCGUGUGAUUGAACUGUGGGAGGCUGCCAAGAGAGCCAACCUCAGCAAAGACGAGCUGGACUCUCUCAAGGAAGAGCUGCAUCACUUUGAGACCAAGGUGGAGAAACACAGCCAUUACCAGGAACAGCUGGACUUGUCCCACCAGAAGCUGCAACACGUGGAGGCUUUAGGAGACAAAGAGCACAUCAAGAGGAACCAGGAAAAGUACAACACACUUGCUGAGAAGACCAGGGAGAUUGGCUACAAGAUGAAGAAACACAUGCAGGAUUUGUCCAACAAGAUCUCUCGUCAGGGACUCGAGCACAAUGAGCUCUGAGAGGCUCGGAUCAUGGUCAUCACAUCAGUGAAGGUUGAAUGAACUGAAAUAAUUCCCUCUAUAACCAC